UGUGUGUGUGUGUGUGUGUGUGAGAGAGAGAGCUGUUGUGUCUGUGGAACGCACUGCGUGAGGCACGGUGUUCGGUUGAUAGGGGGUCAAGCUAGUGGGCUAAUCGGGGAAAGCAUAAUCACCACCUCUCCUAGCGGUUUUAAUAAUAUCGUAUUUCCAUAUAAAGAUUAUGCGAAAGCCGCCGAGCCUGCUCGAGCUGCCUUGGUUCCUACUUCGCUAUGUCGGCACCAGAGCUUGCUAGCUAGCGGUCUAUUUACACUACAGAUGCUAUUCCAGCAGCGGAGAAGGGGGCAUGAAUAAGCAAGAGGGAGGAUGGGUUCUCGUUUUCCUGACGGCUAGCUAGCCUUAGAGCUUCGCUGAAAACAAGGACAUACUGAAGGCACACCAUUAUUCGAUUAUUUAGUACCUCUGUGUGACGGAUUUUUGUUCGUGAAAUGGUUUAAAGUACUUCUUCAAAUGGGGGUUCGGCCGUCAAGCACCCUCUCUGGGUUGUUGUUCGUCACACGGAGUUCGAAUGUGGGAAAUAGCUAGCUAGGUGGCUAGCUAUCCGGCUAGUCUCAAUAACCAAAUGCUGCUGCUACCGUGCAGAUCCGAGCGAGAACACCAGCGACUGGAGACUUGGGCCCUGACGUUGCGCCAGCUCCUUUUGCUUUAUCGGAGGAAGAUUCGGGUCGAAAAGAUGGUCGUUUGAGAUGUGAUUUUUUUCCUCCGUUUUUAGCCAUAUGUAAGCGGAAUGAAGGAGUGUUGAUUUGCUGUUGCUGCCAUGUCCAAAUGAAUAAUGACAGGCUGAACCUCCAAACCAGUUUAAUCUCUUUUGAAGGGGGUGAGGUGGACUGAUAACUAUCUAACGAAAACAUAUAUCUAAAAACUGUAUCUCUGAGGUUUACACUCCUUGGUCUUACCUGGAACUCUAAGCCACGUCUUUCAUAUCUGCUCAUUUAAAGUACACAGACUUGAGCUGCAAAUAUGGAUAAAUUAACAAUAAUAUCAGGAUGUCUGUUUCUGGCAGCGGAUAUCUUUGCAAUCGCAAGCAUUGCAAACCCCGACUGGAUCAACACAGGCGAAUCUGCAGGUGCCCUGACGGUAGGCCUGGUGCGGCAGUGCCAGACCAUCCACGGUCGGGACCGCACCUGUAUCCCCCCGCGGCUUCCCCCCGAGUGGGUCACCACGCUCUUCUUCAUCAUCCUGGGUAUCAUCUCCCUCACGGUGACCUGUGGCCUGCUGGUGGCAUCCCACUGGCGCCGCGAGGCCACCAAAUACGCCCGCUGGAUUGCCUUCACCGGGAUGAUCCUGUUCUGUAUGGCGGCGCUCAUCUUCCCCAUCGGCUUCUACAUCAACGAGGUGGGUGGUCAGCCAUACAAGCUGCCCAACAACACGGUGGUGGGCUCCUCCUACGUCCUCUUUGUCCUCUCCAUCUUCUUCACCAUAGUGGGACUGCUGUUCGCAGGCAAGGUGUGCCUGCCCGGCUGACUGCGGCUACCACUCUGCCACCUGGACUUUAAGCUGGGGCUGAGGAAAAACAUACAAAGGAGAUCAAUAAAACGGAGGAAAAGAAAAAUGGACGACUAAAAAGAAAAACACUGGCCAGGAAGCAGGGAUGGGAUGUCUCUGACGGACGGUGUGACGAUAUGCAGCUGGGCCGGUUAACGCGGAAUAACAAACUAACUGAGAUGAAUAGACAUGGACGAAUAUGGACGCUGUCGAACUGACUCAGGCUUUUUUUUCCCUCUCUGCCUUUGCUUAUUUAAAACAUGUUAUUUUUACAUUGUUGUUGUUGCACUUUGGAGAGCGAUGUGGGAGACACACGUCCACUCCAUGGGGGGGUGAAGAGGAGUGGGGGGGGGUUGGAACAACCGCCGUCCUUUCCCCUGCCGUUGCCACGGCGACAGUAACUAUGACGUCACACCUUUCGGAGGAUCUCCACUUCACCCUUCCUGCCCAGCGAGAAAACAAACCGUUGUCAUCUCAACUGUUCCUGUUGCUAUUUUUGGCUUCUUACACUAUUUCAGUUGUUUUAGUUUCUUCCAUUUAGUGUUUUUUGGGGUUGUUGCUUUCUCCUCUCCCCCUUUUUCACUGAGGUGAAGUUUGGGCCAACGAACCUCUGGAGGAGCUGUAAAGGUAUAUUAAGAGGCUUCUGGUGGGGUCAUUGUCUCUCUGCCUCCCCAUGUGUGGUCUGGGACAAGAGUCACUUCAGCCAUGGUUAGGCAGUAACUAGGGAGGAGGUUAUUUGGAGUAGAGGGGGAAGGUUGGUUGAGAUUACAUUUUAGCUUGCUGGGUAUGAGCAAGUCCCCUUUGGAAGAGGGAGGGUGGACUGCUACAUUGGCCUUUCCAUCUUCACCCUAACCUUAACCCCAGCACCAUGACCCAUAUAAUCCAUGGAAUUUAGACAGGUGCGCUGUUCCAGAGAGGGGAGGGUAGGACCCCAGGCCCUGACGAUCAAGGUUCCUUAAUUAACCAGGCACCACACAGUAAGUCAAGCACCUUCCAGCUGCUCUAUAGGAAAGGAAAAAGGGAAUGAAGACUGAGAGCAGCUGGAUUAUUAUGAAACAUGGAUGGGAUCAGGCAGGAGGGAUGUUUUGUUUUUGCUUUGUAAAAUAGUAAUAAAAGGCAUCAGGGACUGCAGGUCAGGUCGUUGUGUGGGGCUGUGCCUCACUACUGUGCUGUGCCCGAUGCCUGUGAAACACACACGCGCACACACACUAAUAGAUGCACAAAAGACUCGCACGCAAACACACACACGUGUUUCGGGCUCAAUCUCCAAGUCAUGGUGAAGUAUUUGUUGUCCAUUUCCAUUCCUGCUCAGCUUUUCUUUAUGUUGGUCUGUAUAAUAUGGAUAAUGAAGAAGCCCUUUCUGGUUCCUAGUUUGAUUUGUUGUUGUGCCAUGAUCAGAAUUUCUGUUUUAGGAAGCACUGUGCAUUCAAGGGUAUAGCUAAUAGCAGAAGAGGCACCACAAAUGUAUAAAAAAAUAACUUCUUACCUCAUAUUUUUUUCUUAUUCAAACUACUACUAUUAUGUUUUCCAAACCAUGGCGAUGAGUUCCCUAGAAAUGGUAUUGUCUUGAUCAGGCGGCUAGGCAUAAAGCUUGUGAUCAAUGCAAAUUAUUUAUCUUUCACUGAAUAAAAAGAGAAAAAAGA